UAUUUAUGAUUUUAUUAUCAAGAUAUUGCAAAAAAUGGAUCAAUAUUAACAAUGUGGGACAAAAUCAUUACCCUUUCUUUGAGAAAAAAGAAAAGGCAAAAAAGCAAUUUUUAAGACGACCUGCUAGCUGCAUGCAUAGUGCAUAUGAUCAAAAUGUGUUUCAUUACGAAUCAUUACACCAAAAUAACCUGAAUGUUUUUUUAAUAGAACAAAACUCGCUUCACUCAACCCACUUAUUUAUUUUUUCUUUUUUGGGCGCAAGGCAAAAGUCUUAGUCUUUGAUUUUGGGUGCCACGUGCGUUUCCCCUUUUAAACCGCCUAACGCCAGAUUUUUAGCACACAUCCCUCUUCAGCCCACUGCCUCUCAAGCAGUGAAGUCGCAAUUGUUCAGAUUAAUUUCUUUUGCGGCAGGAGAGAAAUUUUAUUUUUCCUCCUUUAAAAAAGCACCAUUGAAUCAAAACUCUCACGAUGGCGGAAAAUUCCAAUGAACACAAUAAUCACCAUACAAAAAUUAAUAUGGAACAAUUAGAGAGUGACAGGGAAGUCGUUGGGAGUUAUCGAAGAAGGACAUGCUCGGCUAGUGAGGCCCCCAAAAGGGUUCGGAGAUAUCUUUCUUUUUACACGGCUGUGAAUAUUGCCAAAGGUGUCGCAAAUUUGGCUGAAUCAUCGGAAGAAGCGCCUAAAGAGCAGCCAGAUGAAGAUGUCAUUAAAUGUGACUGUGCUCGGGAAAGCUGCGGUAUCGAGGCAAGCAGACAUUUCAACCAAAUGGUAAAGGCGAUGACUGGAGACAAUAUUCCCCAAUCAACCAACAUCAACUGUGAGCACACCAAAGAAGUUUUCAAAAUGACCCAAGAUCCGGCCGGUUUCACUUUGCUUCAAUGCGCCACGAUUUUCCGUAACCUCCAAGUGAUGAAAUUUUUUUUGGAAACCUACAAGGACCUAAUCGACGUCAACCAAAAGGCGACGAAGAACCUGAUGGAGGUCACCGCCCUUCACCUGGCGGCGCAAGCCGACUUCCCCGAAGGAAUUCGCCUUCUUCUAAAAUAUGGCGCUUUAAUUGACAAAAUUAACGAAACGGGCUUCACUGCUUUGCACCACGCGGCACUGCACAAAAGCACCGAAGCGGCCAAGUGUCUCAUCGAAGCAGGGGCCUCGCUAAAACACACCGCCCCUGGGUUUUACAACUUCUCUGCGUUGUCGAUGGUGCUGCGAAAGACGCCAAAAGCAAUUGAUUCUAUUUAUAAAAAGUUGGACGAGUCCAUCACGGUCAAGGGCGGCGAAAAACCAGAAGGGGACGCUUUGCUUUCUGAGACGUACGAGGACACGAGCCGCAGGACGUUGAUUUUUAAUUUUUCAAAGUGGCAAGGCUCACCGAGGGAAACGGUCAGCUUUUCUCUUUUGCACGUUUUCGCCAAAGAACACAAUCUGGAGCACCCCUUGCUGAGAGCAAUGCUGGAAGCAAAUUGGGAGCGAGCUAAAAAUAUCUACUACGGCCGGAUUUUGUUUGGAAUGUUAUUUCUCGGGUUCAUCACCUCCUAUGUGUUGACGAAAGGCGACCCGUAUUGGCAAAUUUACGCGCUGCUCCUUUUCGCCUUUCUUGAUUUUGUUCGAAAAGCAGCCAGUCUCUAUUCCUACGCAAACAGCCCAACUGCCAACAGGCUAAGUUGGACUUUGCAGCAGUAUUUCCUAUCCUUUGACAACUAUUGCGAAAUCGUCUGUUAUUUCGGUGUUCUUUUAUUUUGGCUAAGCGACGACGUGAUUUUGAAAGAUCACGUAGGGCCGAUGAUUUUUUUGGCCGGUUGGUUUAAAUUCAUCGUAAUGAUUGGCGAGUUUCCGAUUUUCGGCCUCUACAUUGAUAUGUAUUACGACGUGGUCAAGUCUUUUGUGAAAUUGAUAUUUUCAUUUUCAAUUUAUUUGUUAGGCUUCAUCAUUUGCUUUUGCAUGUACUUCAACGGUGACACACACUUUUCUGCAUUUUACACUGCCCUGGUCAAAGUCGCAGCCAUGAUGGUCGGGGAACUCGAGUACGGGGAUCUGGCAAAAGCAAUUUCCGAGGGAACUUUAUCAAAAAAUGUCAGUAGCACAGGCGCCGUGACUGAAAUUCCAGGGUGGUACAGAGUGUUUCCCUUGACUUGUGUGCUGAUUUUCAUCGUGGCCGUUCCGAUCGUCCUAAUGAGUUUGUUACUCGGAAUUGUCGUCCAAGACGUUAAUGAUAUUAAGUGCAAUGCGCAAUCAUUCAAACUUGCAAGAAAAGCAGAACUGGUUGAAUAUUGCAUGGUCACCACAGGGUAUGUGUCUCGGUUUUGUAAAUUGUGUUGCUGCAGUACUAAAGCGUGGCUUGGUUUUAAACGUUCUUGCUCUCCGAAGUCUUAUGCUCCAAGCGAGGAGAAAAAUAAUGACAAAUAUGAAAUUGAAUACGCGUUAGAUGAUGAUGAACAGCCAUCCUAUUUGCACAAAGCAUACGAGAUUGCCACACAAAAAUGCAAAAAAGAAAGUUCUGAAGGUUUGAAUUAG